GUUGCGAAGUGGGGGCCCCCGGCUCCGGCAUUAUAAAGAGCGCCACGAGUCGGCAUUGUCAGGCGGCAGCACCGCGCGGGCGGGAGCUCGGUUGUGGGCCGUUGCGUCCUUGUGCGGUCGCGGCUCGGGAGAAGAAGACGCAGCUGGAAGAGCUCCGUCGCGUGACGGAGGGGAGGCAUCAGCAGCGCGAGCUUGAGUGCAGCCGAGCCCGCGGCGCCUUCUCCGGAGGGUGGGGACGAGCGGGCCCCGCGGCGUCAUCGGCGGCGAGGAGCCGCCGCGCUUCGGCCUAGGAUGUCGGAAGCGGGCGAGGAGCAGCCCAUGGAGACGACGGGCGCUACCGAGAACGGACACGAGGCCGCCCCCGAAGGCGAGUCGCCGGCCGGGGCUGGCGCGGGCGCCACGGCAGGGGCUGGCGGCGCGACCGUGGCGCCCCCGAGCGGGAAUCAGAACGGUGCCGAGGGUGACCAGAUCAACGCCAGCAAGAACGAGGAAGAUGCGGGAAAAAUGUUCGUUGGUGGCCUGAGCUGGGAUACCAGCAAAAAAGAUUUAAAAGACUAUUUUACUAAAUUUGGAGAGGUGGUUGACUGUACAAUAAAAAUGGAUCCCAACACUGGACGGUCAAGAGGGUUUGGGUUUAUCCUGUUCAAAGAUGCGGCCAGUGUGGAGAAGGUUCUAGACCAGAAGGAGCACAGGUUGGAUGGCCGUGUCAUUGACCCUAAAAAGGCCAUGGCUAUGAAGAAGGACCCGGUGAAGAAAAUCUUUGUCGGGGGUCUGAAUCCUGAAGCCACUGAGGAAAAGAUCAGGGAGUACUUCGGCGAUUUUGGGGAGAUUGAGGCCAUUGAACUUCCAAUGGAUCCUAAGUUGAACAAAAGACGAGGUUUUGUGUUUAUCACCUUUAAAGAAGAAGAACCUGUAAAGAAGGUUCUGGAGAAAAAGUUUCAUACUAUCAGUGGAAGCAAGUGUGAGAUCAAGGUGGCCCAGCCUAAAGAAGUUUAUCAGCAGCAGCAGUAUGGCUCUGGGGGCCGUGGAAACCGCAACCGAGGGAACCGAGGCAGCGGAGGCGGUGGUGGAGGUGGAGGUCAGAGUCAGAGUUGGAAUCAGGGCUACGGCAACUACUGGAACCAGGGCUACGGCUACCAGCAGGGCUACGGGCCUGGCUAUGGCGGCUACGACUACUCGCCCUAUGGCUAUUACGGCUACGGCCCCGGCUACGACUACAGUCAGGGUAGUACAAACUACGGCAAGAGCCAGCGACGUGGUGGCCAUCAGAAUAACUACAAGCCAUACUGAGGCGGCAGCAGGAGCGACCAACUGACUGCACACAUGCUUUGUUUGGAUAUGGAGUGAACACAAUUAUGUACCAAAUUUAACUUGACAAACUUUCUAUGGCCUGUCCCAUGUGCAUCUUAUUUAAAAUUUCCCCCAUGGAAAUCACUCUCCUGUUUACUAUUUCCAGAGCUCUAGCUGUUUAGGCAGGGUGUGGUGUCUGAGAGGCCAGAGUGGCAUUAUGGGCUGAUUUUUAUUACCAGGUCCCCCAGAACCAGAUGGGAGGCUCUGCUUCCUGCUGCUGCUCUGCAGCCUGGACCUGUGGACCCUGGUUGUAAAGAGCAAAUUAUAUCUUAUUAGGAAACCAGUGUCACCUUUUUUUCACCUUUUAAUUUUAUAUUAUUUGUGUCAUACAUUUCCUGUAAUGGAAGUGUUAAUUUUACUGUACUUUUUGGUACCUUUUGGGAAUCUAAUGUAUUGUAAGGUAUUUUACACGUGUCCUGAUUUUGCCACAACCUGGAUAUUAAAGCUAUCCAAGCUUUUGAAAUAAAAAUUUAAAAAUCCCCAA